UAGAGAUUUUUUGAAGUUUACUAUUCAUUGUGAUUUAUAGCUGAAUUUCAAAAUUAUUCUGUACUUCAAAAUUGAAAUGGUGUUAUUUAUAGACAAGAAAAACUGCGCAUUGGUUAGCCGAAAAAAUGGCACAGGAAGGACAUGCUGUAGCAUUAUUAACAGGAGAUUUAACUGUGGAACAGCGGCUUGCGGUACUUGAUAGAUUUAGAAGUGGACAAGAAAAAGUACUAAUAACUACAAAUGUUUUAUCACGGGGCAUUGAUGUGGAGCAAGUAACGAUUGUAGUAAAUUUCGAUUUGCCAGUGGAUGCCAAUGGAAAAGCUGACUGUGAAACUUACCUUCAUCGGAUUGGUCGCACGGGUCGAUUUGGUAAGCGAGGAAUUGCUAUUAAUUUAAUUGAUUCUCCAGAAUCUAUGGCAGUUUGCGAAACAAUAGAAAAACAUUUUAAUAAAAAAAUCAAGUAUUUAAAUGCCGAGGACUCAGAUGAAAUAGAAAAAAUAGGUUCUUAAAAGCUCGGGCAUUUUAUAAAUAAGUUAUUAAGUCCAAGGAUAAAUUAUCAAUUGUAUAUUGAUGAUAAAAUAAUAUGAAGAUUAUCAUCAAAUUUUUUUUGUGUUGUAUACUACUUUUUCAAUUUAAAGAAAUUCAAAAUGCUUGUCAUUUUUGAAUGUGUUCUUUUAUUGCACGUCCUUUCAUACAACUCAAUACUUUGCGGUUUUAUUAAUCUGUUUAUUAUGAAU